AUGAUUUUAUACUGCGAAAAAAAAUCCUCAAUCUACAUCGACAGAGUUCAUGCAUUACUAUUUCAUCAACUCAAAGAAAAACAUUCUCAGAUUCGUUUGAGUGCGCUCCGAAUUUGUGAUCGUCUUUUUAAGAAAUUCGAACAUUUUAGAAAAUUAAUAAUCGUCGAUAUCUCGAUUCUUCUAAAACUCACAGUUAACACAGACGCGGGACGAACGUUGCCCCCGCCUAAAAAAUUCGCUACAGAUUUGGAACUUUACUCUAUUAGAUGCAUCAAGGAAUGGAAUGACGAGUUUGGGAAGGACUUUAAAGACGAAUUUAAUUUUGUGUUUAAGUAUUUGAACAAAUAUAAAAAAAUUGAUUUCGAAUCGAUGACCGUGCGGUCCAUUACCAAUGCGAGACUACUGGAGGACAGGGAACAGCGACAACGGCGUUUAAAUGAUGAGAAAUUGAAAAAAAUUGAAACUGAAAUAAAUGAACUCGAACCGGAAAUAACGAUCGCGGCUAGAACCCUGGAGAGUUGUCUGGAAUUGCUAAUUCCCACUCCGGAAGAGUUUUUUAUACCUGAAGCAGAGGAAGAAAGUGCCCCUCCGUUGAAUUCAUCGGAACUGUCGUCGACGGAUUCCGGACGAAAAAUUGUCACAGAGAUCGAGUCGGCCGACGAAAACGAAAGAUACAGAGAAACCGGCAUAAUCGACCCUGUCGCGCACACCGUGACAGUCACACUGAGACCGGAUUUCCGAAAAAGGGUGAAGAAAUCGGAAGAUAACUUGGCUAUAAUUGAAAGCGCAAACGAACAAGUAAAGCUGAUAUCCGACAAGUAUUUGCCAAAAAUCAAAAAAUGGUUGCAAGACAUAGCAAAAAUAUCGAACGGAGAACUCUUGAAACGAACGAUCGAACUCAAGCGGAGUUUAACCGACCUGACGAGCCGAGAAAACAAAAUCACGUACUACGAAGACGACGAUGAUUGUUCUAGCGACUCCGACAUGGAAGAAGUCCUCCCACAAUCGUCCGCCGACGAUCUGUUGGCUCAAUGUUUAGCUAAACCCGAUAACAAUACUCAAAACGAUGGCCGCGCCGACUCCUCAAAAGUUUUGGAGAGAGAUGACAAUCGCAACAGUGUCGUAGCCGUUCCGAAGUUGCCGUUCGACAUCGAUCUAUAUCACUGGGAAGACGAACAACUAACAGCUCCUCGUAUUUUACCUACAAAUCAAGAUGGUCAUACGUUUUGGACUUCAAAUUCUGUAAUGGAGACUGACUGUGACGGUAUUGUACAACCAGGAGGAUCUGAAAAUUUACGCACACGAGUUAUUGAAUUUACUGGAAAAUUCGAAAGAGUAGAAAGACAGUGUAGAGCCCCAUUGCCAAGCGGUAGAUUAUGCCCAAGAGAAGACCGUUUUAAGUGUCCGUUUCAUGGACGAAUUGUACUGAGGGAUGAGCUUGGUCGAGUUGUCGAUCCGGAAAACAAAAUAGUUUUGGAAAAAGAGAAAAAACAGACUGUACCUGAUUGGCAAGAUCCACAGCUGCUUAGAGAUAUACAGCGUCAAACAGGGGUCGAUCUUACAAUGCCAAAAAAAGGAAGCAGAAAGAACCGAAAAAAAAGUUCAAAUCUGACAAAUUUAAAAAAAGAACAGGACACUCCACGUGCCCGGCUGGAAAAAAAAGUGUUCAAAAAAUCAUCUGUGAAGAAAGUUGCUAAAAUUUUGGAUGGUAUGGAUCAGAGGAAAUUUCGAGACAAAUUUGGAGAUCAAUUCAACUAUGUCCAUGAUACAGCGUAA